ACCUCGCGUGUGCAACGGCUUCUGACUUUAUGCUCAUUUAAAUAUUUUGUAGGCCUGUUCUCGAUUAAUAGGUCAAGAGUCUGGACUAUAUUGGACUCUCCUCCUACCUCCUGCCACUUUAUAUAGUCAAACAAAGCACGGCGUGUUAUAGAGGCUUCCUGCUGAAGCUAGCUAACGUUGGCAUUGGCUAGCAAGUGAGUUCGGGACUAAACGGGGAGGCAGCUAGCUACGGAUCUGAACAAGACUUCGUAAUCAGAUGGAACUGGAGUCGGGAAGAACCGAACUUGGAGCUAUGGGAGAUUCGCUUCAACCUCAAACCCCAAGUCGACACGAGAAGAGUCUAGGAUUGCUUACAACAAAAUUUGUAACUUUGCUACAAGAGGCCAAGGAUGGAGUUCUAGAUCUGAAAGCAGCAGCAGACACCUUAGCUGUAAGACAGAAGCGCCGCAUCUACGACAUUACCAAUGUGCUCGAAGGCAUCGGAUUGAUCGAGAAGAAGUCCAAGAACAGUAUUCAGUGGAAGGGUGUUGGUCCUGGCUGUAACACACGGGAGAUAGCCGAUAAGCUCAUUGAUCUGAAGGCAGAGCUGGAUGAUCUGGACAAGAGGGAACACGAGUUGGAUCAGCAGAGGGUCUGGGUCCAGCAGAGCAUCAAGAAUGUUACAGACGACUCACAGAAUAGCCCUAUGGCUUAUGUAAAACACGAAGACCUCUGCAGUGCAUUCAAAGGUGACACCCUCCUAGCAAUCCGCGCUCCCACAGGCACACAGUUGGAGGUGCCCAUACCGGAGUCGGUACUGAAUGGACAGAAGAAGUAUCAGAUCCGUCUCAAGAGCUCAGCAGGACCCAUUGAGGUUCUUCUAGUAAACAAGGACCCGUCCAGCCCAUCUCCAGUGGUACUGCCCGUCCCCCCACCAGAGGACAUGCUCCAGAGCCUGCCAGUGCCUGCUGCUGCUAACCCAAAACCAGCACCUGCUGCCCCCUCCCAGCCCAACCAGCCUCUGACCCCCUCCUCCAACCCCAGUUCUGCCACACUCUCACCUGGUUUCACAGCUACUACCAACCAGGCAGUCACCACCGCAGUGUCUAGCAAAAACGCCAGCACACUGAGUGUUUCCACACCCACUACCAACACAACUGCCCAACCGACAACCCUGUUGGACACCCAGCCUCUCCAGUCCUCUGCCUCAUUGGAUGGCUUCUCUUCCUCAUCUUCAGCAAUCUUUGGACCAAUCAAGACUGACCCCUCAGAACUGCUGGAUUUCCCCAAAGAACUUUCUGAUAUGUUUGACCCAAGUAAAGAGAUCAUGAGUGCAGACCUGUUGGAGGAGUUGAUGUCUUCUGAAGUGUUCUCUCCACUCCUCCGUCUGUCUCCCCCGCCGGGUGACCACGACUAUAUCUAUAACCUUGACGAAACCGAAGGCCUUUGUGACCUCUUUGAUGUUCCUAUCCUUAAUCUUUGACCUCUGAGCUGAGUUCCCAAUAGUGUAUUAUGUAAAGAAAUCUAAGAACAAAACAUGUUGACCGUUUUUAUAUGGGAAAAAAACAAAUGAGUGAUUUUAUUUUUGGAUCCCUAUGUAUUAGAAGAUUUUUCUGUGUAAAAAGAAAAAAAAAUGUCAGUCUGAUGCUCUUCUUUCUCUUACCCAAAUCGUUCCCAAAUCUUUCCACUAAACAUUGGCAGCAAAUGUUUCAGGGCGUAGUGGCUCUAAGUUAGAUGAAAAGGGGGGAUAAAGAAAUAUUGUCCUCUUCGAACUGAACUGAUGAUCUCUCCGGUGAAAUUCCUUUCUGAUGCUGGUCUGUGAUUAACUAUAUGUUUUGAAGUAAGUUACAAACUGGCAAAAGCAGUCAUCAUCGUGCUCUGAUCCUCAUCAACACAGUGUCAACAGAUUCAGAGACACCCAGGCAGCUGCACACACUCGUACAGUACGUGUGAAUGUGUACACACACAGCUGAUCAAAUAUGCACUGUUCUGUGUAUAUAGAGAAUAUAUAUAUUUUGUAUUACCAGCAUUUGUGGAGUUAAAUGUGUAAUGAACUGCAUGUGUAAUACAGUGAGACAGCAAUAGUGAACCAGUGUUCCAGACGAAGACAGGAUAAGAGAAAGUUUUGAAGGGUUUUAGGUGUAAUGCACAUUGAAUUAACUGCAACACGUCUAUCAUUCAUCUUGGUCCCCUUGCCUUGUUUUGUUUUCUUUCUUACCCGUUUCACUCACUUUACAACAUUAUCUGUGGCACUCUUGGUUUGUCUUACAAUUAUUAUGUAUAUAAAUAUUUUAUUUAGUCUAUGUAAAAUAAUGUUUCUAGCUGUUAAAGAAUUACAUGAAAAACAAUCAUAAAUUCCUAUAAAGUAUGGUAGCGUUUUGA